UUGAGUCAAAUGGAGAUAGACAUGAAAGCUGAGUCAAAUGUAAAUCCUCCACGUCACAGUUCAGAAACAACGUAAGGGAAGUGAAAUAGUUGUAGUUCGCUCGCUCCUCCUUUCUGUCUUUCUGGUGUGGUGUCCUGUCGUGGUAGAAUAGUGAGAAUGAAGAGAGUGUUUGGUGCGGCCGCGAGGAGGUCUCUGUCUCUUUUAAAUACAAACAAGAAAAAACUCCCACAUCCUCCUCCUCCUUCUGCCCCUUCUUUCUCCACCGCUUCUACCUCUUUUCUAUUCGAUGAUACUCAACUCCAGUUUAAAGAAAGUGUUUCUCAAUUUGCUCAAGAAAACAUAGCGCCUCAUGCCUCCACAAUAGACCAAUCAAAUUAUUUCCCCAAGGAAGUCAACUUAUGGAAACUCAUGGGAGACUUUAAUCUACAUGGGAUUACUGCACCAGAGGAAUAUGGUGGACUUGGUCUUGGUUACUUAUACCACUGCGUAGCAAUGGAAGAAAUUAGUCGUGCUUCAGGAUCUGUUGGCCUUUCUUAUGGUGCCCAUUCUAACCUCUGCAUAAAUCAGUUGGUGAGGAAUGGAAAUCCUGCUCAAAGACAAAAAUACUUGCCCAAGCUUAUUAGUGGAGAGCAUGUAGGAGCACUUGCAAUGAGUGAACCCAAUGCUGGCUCUGAUGUUGUUAGCAUGAAAUGCAAAGCUGAUCGUGUUGAUGGAGGCUAUAUCAUAAAUGGAAACAAGAUGUGGUGCACCAAUGGGCCAGUUGCUCAGACAUUGGUUGUUUAUGCAAAAACCAAUGUCACAGCUGGAUCAAAAGGAAUCACGGCAUUUAUCAUUGAGAAGGGAAUGCCUGGAUUUAGCACUGCCCAGAAAUUAGACAAGCUUGGGAUGAGAGGAAGUGAUACAUGUGAGCUUGUGUUUGAGAAUUGCUUUGUUCCAGAAGAAAAUGUUCUUGGGCAGGAAGGAAAAGGUGUGUAUGUCAUGAUGUCAGGGCUGGAUCUGGAGAGGCUUGUGUUGGCUGCUGGGCCACUUGGCAUCAUGCAGGCAUGUCUUGACGUUGUUCUUCCUUACAUUCGACAAAGAGAACAGUUUGGCCAUCCAAUUGGAGAGUUUCAGUUUAUUCAGGGGAAGAUUGCUGACAUGUAUACUUCCUUACAAUCUUCAAGGUCCUAUGUUUAUUCCGUCGCAAGGGAUUGUGACAGUGGUAGAAUUGACCCUAAGGAUUGUGCUGGAGUCAUACUUUGUGCGGCUGAAAGAGCGACCCAAGUUGCUUUGCAGGCUAUACAAUGUUUAGGUGGAAAUGGAUAUGUAAAUGAGUACUCAACUGGUCGUCUUCUUCGAGAUGCAAAACUAUAUGAGAUCGGAGCAGGGACUAGUGAGAUCAGAAGAAUGAUCAUUGGUCGUGAACUCUUUAAGCAGUAAGAGGUAGCAUGUUGUCUAGGGCAUCCUGCGGCAGCAUAUUUUUCCCCGCCGUGUAUGAAACUCAUAGCGGGGCGACCAUUGUCAUAGAAUGGAUUGUCAUUGGCUUUUGUAUACGAGCUAACAGGAAAUAAUGGAAGACAGAGUUGAAUGCUAGUAAAACAACUUUUCUUUCACUGUUACUCUUAUUGUUGAAUAAUUCUUUAUUUUUCCACAACUAUAAAAAUUAUCUUAGAAAUUGGCAGCACA